AUGAACUACCCUCUCGGCGCCGACCCCCGGGACCGGAACAUCAUCCGCUACGGCCGCAGCGGCGCCGGCACGAACACAAGUGCUAACUACCCCGAAAGAUACGAGCUCUUCAUCCUCGGCGACGGCGAAAAGAAAGUAACUUGGGUGCUCGAUACCCGCGUCCCCAACACCGCCAUCUUCACCUUCAACAAAGAAGACCACACGCUGGGCAACCUGCUAGCCUCACGCCUCCAUAAAUACCCGCACGUCCAGUUCUCGGCAUACAAAGUCCCACACCCCCUGUUCGCGACCUUCGACCUGCGCGUCACGACGGACGGGAGUAUGACGCCCAAGGCGGCCGUCGCGAAGGCGUGCGCGGAUCUCGUGACGGAUCUUGGGAAGCUGAGCCAGGAGUUUACCAAGGAGUGGGAACUGAAGAGACUUGCGAACUCGGGGAGGGAAUAG